CUGCUGGCUACUCAUUAACCGUAAUGACCUGCAGCCUGAAAGCCUGGCUGCUGCAUGAUGAUGUAAAACCACACAGGUGUCCGCCACAGAACAAAAAGAAAUAAUAUUUACAAAAAAGAAAAAGAAAAAAAAGCUUUAUGUAGAUUUAGAGAAAUAAAUCAGAUUGAAUAUAAUGAUCCUGUGAUGAAUAAUUGGCCUUGACGUGAUCUGGAAGGUGGUGGUGCUAUGAUAUCAAUCAGCCAGUAGAUGGCCCUGUUGUAUUGUUCAAUAUUCUGAUCUCCUUCUUGAAUGAGGUAAGUCACAUGGCUUUAAUCUAUGCAACUAACUAGGUUAAUGUUACACAUGUGUAUGCCUGUAUGUUAAUACUUUAAACAGUACCUUGCAAAAAUAUUCAUACAGCCUGAACUUCAGUAUUUGUCACUUUGCCACAAACAUCAACAGUUUUUCUUUUAAAUUUUAAGUGAUAAUUGGGAACUGGAAGUAAAAUAAUGCAGGGCAAUAAUUUUUUUAUGUACAUAAAAAUCUGAAGUGUGAUAUACAGGGUUGUGUUUUCAGCAACCCUGUAUUCUUGUUACCAAAUAAUUUCUCGCUGCGGCGGCAAAUCUUUUCUGGUCAGUGUGCAGAGUUUUCAUAUUUUAAUUCAUAGAGGAAAACCUCCACUUUUCCAUGAUGGGCUAAGUUGCGUUGAUCUGUAACUUUAAAUUCCAUUUAAAUACAUUGAAAUUUGUUGUUGUAACGUGACAAAAUGUGACAAAAAAAAUCAAUAGGUGAAAAAUAUUUUUGCAAGGCAAAGCAAAAUGUGUGAGAACCGAAAACUAACGUUUUAAUCUCACAGCUAAUCGUCAGUCUUUUUUAUUUAUUUAUUUGUAUGCUGAUGUUGCUAACCCUGCUGGCUCACUUCUCACAGUUUGGUUUGCCGUUUGUGCAUCUGCAUGUCCUUGUUUUUUCGUGGCAUGGGUGCGACUGGCUGCAGGGUCCGUACCUGGUUCACGGCGAGCAGAAGCGCGAGGGGGGUCUCACCGAGUGCGGUGGGAGCAGCACUCUGCACGACUAUGAGACAGACCUGGGUGGAAAGCCUCAGCAGCAGCAGCAGCACCAGCAGCAGCAGCAGCAGGCUUACCUGCGCUCGUCUCGCGGCCAGCUACGAGGGGGUAGCGGGAGGGGCCUGUCCCGGCAGGACACCUUUGACUCUGAGACGCAGGGCAGCCGAGACUCAGCCUACACUGAGGCCGGUGACUCCUGCAUGGACAUUGAGACUGACCCAUACGAAGAGCCCGACCCAUACCGAGGUGGUGGAGGCAGCCGUCUUCACCUGGCGCAGCAUCACGGCCGACAGGCCUCCUGGGAAGACGAGGGUGCUGAGCCGGACCAGGAGAACCUCAACCACCCCUCCAUGCCGAGACAGACGCAGCCGCACGGACGGGCCAAGCUGAGGGAGCGCUACUGCCAGGACCCCGUGGACACAGGGUCCAACAUGAGCCGCAACAAGAACCAGGAUGAUUGGGGAAAGGAUGUUUACAUCCGCUGAAUGCCCACCACAGAGACUAGGAAGAUGCAGACUGAGGACAGAGGGAGAGGGGACGGGAUUCUGGUUGUAAAGGAACUGAAGUGUGGGUUUGGGGCCACACCGGUCAGGCUUACAAAAAUGUGUUUACAUCCCAGUAAAAUGUAAAGGUAUACGUCACCUGCCAGAUGCCAUUCUCAUCAAGUUCUUGCAAAUCCACUGAUUUUUUUUUUUUUUGUUUGUUUAGAAGAAGAAAAAUCUAGAUCUGUUUUUAUUUUGUUGUUUCUUCUGUUUCUUUAGUCAGUACUGCAUGAAUAAAAUGGGUUUCUAUGCUGACAGCACAGGUGAUCUGUCAGACCCAACCUCUCCUUCAGUUGUAGAGUGUGAAGGGUGGUAGGACUGUGGUCUGUCGUGUCUGUCCUCCGCAGUCUUAAACAGGGUCUAACGUCGCCGUUCCCACAUAUGUAUGUCGUCGGGGGUUUCUCUUUACAUUCUUGUCACUCACAGCUUUUCACUUCCGGGAUCUCCUCCCUUACUGGGAUCCAGAAGUCGUGAGUCUCUCAGCGCCUCUCCCUUAUCACCCAGACCUUAAAAAGCUGGUGGAGGAGUUGCCAUAUUCGCUACACUCAUGACAGCUAGAUCACAACAAAGAUGUUUACUUCUUCCCUGAGCUGGUUCAGCUUUCAGUAUUCGCACGCGGUGCAGCUUCACAGCAGCACUCGGUGCAACAACACUUAUAGUCGUGAGAAUGAAGUGUCCUGCCUUAGUCGCUCUCACCCCAAAAAAACACCUAUAUUUCAAGAAACCUACAAUCACAAGUGCCGGAAUGUCUUGCCAAGCCAUGUCCACCAGUGGGUGGGAUGUCUUAACUCUUGUUACACUUGUUUUCACGCCGUGUCCUAGUCUGUGUGUGUGUGUGUGUGUGUGUGUGUGUUUCCUGGCUACUCUGCAGCAUAGCCCUGCUGCUGCUCCAGCACGUCACUCAUCUCGUUUAGGUAACCUAACCGACUGCAUUUCAGGGCUAAUGCUCAUGUAAAAGGUGUUUGUGCGUCAGGUUAAUCACUCCAAGCUUCCACUUGAAUUGCAAGCUUGUCUGACAUUAAACAUCACUCUCUUCUUACUCCUGAUUUAUGUCUGAAUUAGUCUGUUUUUUUUCCCCCUCCUGUGAACAUUUGCAGUUUAUUUUUUAAAUAUACACUUUCUGUGAGGUAGUAGGAGGAGUAUCAUGUGGGGAGGGGGGGUAGGAUCACCUUUGGUCUGUACUAAGUUAUCUAUAAUGGAGAAUCCAUGAAUGUCUUCAGUGGGCUGCUUUAGCCUGCCUCUGUCUUCGGUUGAAUAAAUAAAUAUUAAUGAUCAGUAAAUAAUGUUAUUGUUGCGUUAUCGCAAUUUGUUAAAAUGAUAAGAUAACAUGUAUCAUUGGUGCCUGACUGUAGCUACAUUUUGCUUUUUCUGCCUUUCAUUUUUAAUCUGUGGAUAAAUUCAUAUUUUAAUUAAAAAUUUAAUUUAAAAACGUCA